GUUUCGGUCGUCUCCAUAAAUUGCCAGCUCCGGCGGGUCGUUGCCACCAACAGGAUCGUUGUUUGUGACACGAGUCGCUCGGUAUCCAAGCGUUUGGGAGAUUCUUAAGUAAUAGCUCUUUGGUCGUGAGCUUUCCCGUAAGUGCUUAUUAGCUUCCUAGCGAUCGAAUAGAGAGAGAGAGGAGAAAAUGGCUUCAAGGCAGGAGAUGGACGAGAGGGCUAGACGUGGAGAGACGGUGGUGCCUGGUGGUACUGGAGGAAAAAGCCUAGAAGCCCAGGAGCACUUAGCUGAAGGGAGGAGUAGGGGAGGGCAGACGAGGAAAGAGCAGCUUGGAACAGAAGGGUACCAGGAGAUGGGACGCAAAGGAGGGCUGAGCAGCACGGAGGAGUCCGGCGGUGAGCGAGCGGAGAGGGAGGGAAUCCCCAUUGACGAAUCCAAGUUCAGAACCACAAGCUAAAUUAGUCUAUGUACUACUAAUGUCUAAUAAAAAUUAGUAAUAAAGACGGUCGUCCUUUUUCUUCCCUUGUUGGCUUGUAAGGGUUAGUUUUAAGGGGCACUUUAUGUGCACGUUUGCAUGUAGGUUUUCUGAGGCAGUUGGAGUUUGGUCUAGCAGUAGCUUCGUUAAUGUAGUCGAACAACUGUGUUCUUUAUAUGUUCGGCUUCGUUAUAUAUAUGUACGUAGCCUUUGUGAUCUUUAUAAUAUAAUGGAUGGCUUAAAAUAUGU